CUCUUAAAUUUACACUUACCUAACAGGUUAUAAUACAACUUUAAAUUCAAACAUAUUUAACACAUUUUUAAAUUACUCUUACUACGCCUAGGCGUACACUGAUCAUUAAUUACCACAAUAUCAUUAUUAGAAUUAUCUACCACCUCGUUACUUACAUUACUACUGUUAUCAAAAGUACUAUUAUUGCAAUAUUUAUUUCUUGUCCAUUGUUAUCAACAUGAAUUUCCUCAUCUUUUAGUUUAAAUAAACUGAAAUCUAUAAAUUUGAUUAAUAUGUCUUUUCCAGAUUUUGUCCAGUGAUGGAACAUAAACUAAAUAACUUAUAGCUUUAACCCAAUUUCGCUUAUUUACUAACCUAUAGUCUCUUACAACUACAUUUUCAUUAACACUAUAUAUCCUGUUCAUUUCCCUCCUGUAAAAUUUAAUCUGUGCUUUCUGUUUCUUUUCAACAUUUUCCUUAAUCUCAUCUAGUUUAUCACUAUUCUUAAAACUAAUAUUUACAUGAUUCCCAUAACAUGAUUCCCAUUACUAAAAAUACCAAGCCAGGUACAAACAAAAUGAAUAAAGACCUCACUAGAAAGACUUCCAUGCCACCGAUCGUCAUCGAAGACAACCAUAAUUCUUUAAAGAAAGACCUCCAAAAUAAUGUAAAGGGUAGAUACACCCUAAAAUACACUAACAACUCCACAAUAAUAUACGUCGAGGAACAAAACGACUACAAAGAAUUAAUUAGCAGUGUCAAUGAAUCUAAAAUUUCAUACCACACGAGCAGAAAUGAGAAAUCCCAUGCAUUCGUGCUAAGGGGAUUAACAACGGGAAUCACCACUGAACAGAUCGAGGAAGAUAUCAUGCAUGCCUAUGACAUCAAGGCAAGGGAAAUCUACAAAAUGUCAACUAAAAAUAGACCCCUUUUCCUUAUUACUGACCCGGCAAUCACCUUAGACUUUCUCAAAAAGCAUAUUAGGGUGGUGAAAAACACCCGAGUGGUUUGGGAACUAAGAAAAUCUACAAAAAGUAUAAUUCAAUGCCACAAUUGCCAGGCAUGGGGCCAUGCCACGGCAAACUGCGGACACCCUCCGAAAUGUUUAAAAUACGCAGAGAACCAUCACACGAGAACAUGCGUGUAA